UCGGGGGGCGCGCGACAGUUGGCGUUCCGCGUUCGGAACAUGCACCGCGUCGCGGGUACUUUGUAUCCACCGUUUACUCGUUCGUUCUUGUUGUCAGUGCUCAUCGUUGUUGUCGACAAACACCGACCUCGACUCGCGGCACACGAACCGUGCGAAACAAAGAGAUUGAUCCGGAACGAAGUAGAUCGCGCACGUUUCGGUCAACCUUCGAAAGUCCACGAAUGAGAAAAACCACUCGAAGGUGUACACAGUCUUCGUAUACGCGGUCCUACGUUUCCAGCUACACCGUCUCCGUCGAGCAACGAUUUAUCGAGCAUCGAUCUUCCAACGACAAUAACAAUCUGCGAGUUCGAGGAGGAUGUCGAAACGCGUUUCGCUCCGAUAGCUUCGGUCGAGACUUCUCACGGUUCCCGAGUUCUCGGUCCAGUCGUUCUUCUCCGAGGUGAUUCCGACAGUUGGAUCGACCAGUGAUCCGACACGCAACGUACGCACCAGUGUGAUCGGUAGUGUCGCGUGCAAAGGCGGCUCUUCCAGUUGAUCGAGGAACCCAAACAGUGAAUCGUGAUCGACAGAUCACCAAAUGUUUAUUUUUUACUCCGACUAUUAUCGUCUUCUCGAAGCAUCAUCUUCUCGAAUCUUUCGACAAUGUAGAGUACGAGCUUGAGCCGACACAGUGUAACGCGUGAACACGGAAGGAACGAAAUAACAAACCGCCGAAGUCGUUGGAAGUCAUCUCUUCUAAUCGACCGAUCGUAGAAGUUCUCGAAACGCGUUCAUUCGUACGUCGAAUGCCCUUUGGCGUUUCUCAUGUAUACAACGGACUCUCUCACGGUUUGACAUCGCAUUUACGUGGUACGAACGACAUCCGGCCGCGUAGCCGGUGCACCGUGUUCGCGACGACCUCUCGGAGCAUCGAAUCGCUCGUCGACGAGCGCUACGGCUCGACGAAGCUGCGGCUGGAUUACUGGCUCGUUUCUCGCUACGUGUCACCGACAUUCGUCCCGGGCGAGAUACAUCCGGGCAGGCGUCAGAGCGGCGGUCGCUGGACCGUCCGGCGGACGUCUCGACCGCCGUACGACGAGCCGGUGGAUCCAGGAGGUGGAGGAGGAGGGGCUGUCGAGGUGGUGGAGGAGGAAGGCCCGCGGACGUGCAACAAGUUAAGAGGCCGCCGCCGCUACCCUCUACAUCGCUACCGCCGCCACCGUCCUCGCCACGAUGUGACAUGGAUAUCCUAGCUGUAGCCUGCGCCCUCGUCGCCACGGCCCUCUAUUGCAACACCCUUCAAGCUGGUUUCGUCUACGAUGAUCGAAGGGCCAUCCUGACGAAUCCGGACCUGCUGGCCAGCACACCGUGGGAUCGGCUGCUGGAGAACGACUUUUGGGGAACGCCCCUGAACGAUCGAGGCUCCCACGGCAGCUACAGACCGCUCUGCGUGGCGACGUUUCGUCUGAAUCAUCUGCUGAACGGUCUCGAGCCGUGGGGCUACCAUUUGGUGAACGUCGCUUUGCACGCGGCUUGCACCGUGCUCGUGGUCAGAGUAGCCAGGAAGGUUUUGCCAGGAAGAAACAAUCUCGGGCACGCAAUCACCGGGUUCCUUUUCGCGGCACACCCGAUUCACAGCGAAGCCGUGGCCGGCAUAGUUGGUCGUGCCGACAUUCUCGCCUGCUUACUGACCUUGGCAGCCUUCCUGGCGUACUGCGCCCACUGCGAUCAGGCAAGAUCGCCGUUUCUCUUGCUGCUGGCCCUCGUCUCUUCGACUCUGGCCACCCUCGCCAAAGAAACCGGAAUAUCCUCCCUCGCCCUGUGCCUCCUUUGGGAACUUUGUCGCGGCGAAUCGAACCGAAAGGUGAACUGCGGCCUGACGCGCGCCCGCAGCGUGGGCGUCCUCUCCGGAAGUCUGGCCCUUCUGGUCCUCGGCAGGCUGAGGAUCACGGGUACGAGGCCGGAAUUCGCCAGCGCGGACAAUCCCACUGCGAGACAUCCGUCUCGUUUAACGCGAGGUCUGACGUUCCUCUAUCUACCCGCGGCCAGCGUAAAAAUGUUGCUCUGCCCCAGCACGUUGAGCUUCGACUGGUCGAUGGACGCCGUGCCGAGGGUAACGAGCAUCCUGGACGUCAGGAACCUCGAGUCGGUUUGCCUGUACGCGGCGUUGAUCGGUACGUCGAUCUGGGCCAUCAGAACUCUUCGUCGCUCGGCCAGAGACUCUUCGUUGAGCUUGGUGCAGGCUUACCCGCGUUACGCGUCCAGGUGCCCCGUUUGCGCCGGAAGACGCGCCGGGGGCUGCCACACGGACGGCUGUCGAGCCGCGAACAACAACAACGGCCCGUUCGGCGAUUGUCACUGCGCGAAGAGAACAGGGCUGGGGUCUUCGAUGACCUCGAGCAACGGGUUCGCGAGCAGACAAGCCGCCGCGACGAGUGUCGUGGUAUCGCUGGGCUUCCUCGUGCUUCCCUUUCUUCCCGCCAGCAACCUCUUCUUCUACGUGGGCUUCGUUAUAGCCGAGAGGAUUCUCUACUUGCCCAGCGUUGGCGCCUGCCUGAUCGUAGGAGCCUCCAUAUCUGGAUGUUAUCGAAUAGCCAGGAAAAGCGGGUCCAGAAGGCGAGGCAGAUCGGUAUUGCUCGCCACGGUCGUGCUGGUGUCCCUUAUGUCGGCGAAGACGAUCCUCAGGAAUGCCGACUGGUUCGACGAGGAGAGCCUCUACAGGUCCGCUCUCAACGUUAAUCCGCCGAAGGCUUAUGGUAAUUUGGGCAGCAUCCUGAGCGCCCAGGGACGAGUUGCGGAGGCGGAAGAGGCGUUCGUCCAGGCGCUUCGUUAUCGACCGAACAUGGCGGAUGUGCACUACAAUCUGGGAAUUUUACAGCAAGGCAGAAAAAAUUACGACGAAGCCAUUCUGAGUUACCAGCGAGCGAUCCAUUUCCGACCUUCGUUGGCUCAGGCUUACGUGAAUCUGGGCGCGGCGCUGGCCACGGUCGGACGCGGAACGGAGGCUGCUGCGGUUUUGCGGACAGGUGCAUCCUUGGACGGGUCUGGUCUCAAGGACAAAAGGGCUCACGAGGCGGCGAGAGUGCAGGCCCUCCUUCAAUUAGGCGCCCUCUACGCCGAUCAGGGUAGAUUACAAAGGGCCUUGUCCGCGUACAGAGAAGCUCUCCACGCCAUGCCGGAUCACUAUCCACCUCAGAGCGUUUACAAUCUGCUGGGGGAAACUCUGUCGAGGCUGCAACAGUACGCGGAAGCGGAAAGGUGGUUCCAGGCGAGUUUGGCCAGCCAGCCUGACCACGUGCCGGCCCACAUCACUUAUGGGAAACUUUUGGCCCGAAACUCGAGCCGCGUGCUGGAGGCCGAGAGAUGGUUCCUGAGAGCCCGCAGGCUGGCGCCGGAUGACUCGAGCGUCCACCAUCAUUACGGGCUGUUCCUGACGUCGCAGGGGCGGCUAUCGGAGGCUGCGGAGGAGCAGCUCCGAGCUGCCGAACUUUCCAGAUCCGAUUACGAGCUAUCGAUGGCGGCAGCGUCGGCGCUGCGUCAGGCGGCCCGCCUCGAAGACGCGGAGGUCUGGUACAGACACGCCGCCAGUCUGAGGCCCCACGAGGCGCGAAGUCACACGAACUUGGGCGCCAUUCUUCACCUGAACGGCAAAUACAAGCAGGCAGCGGCAGCGUACAGCGAAGCUUUGAGGCUGCAGCCAGGCGACGCCACUACCAUCAUGAACCUCCACAAAUUGGCGGCGAUUCUGGCGUGACCUCUCGACACUGGCAACGGUGUCGCCGCGGCCACCACGAGAGACAGCGACCAGAGGAACGAGUGCGUGUAUCAUACGACCCCAGAAAAGACCCACUAUCGACUCGCCGUACUUCCUGACCCCACGUCUCCCCGAUCUUCCUCCCGAUAUUCGUUUAUAUCCGUCGACCGGCGCAGCAAUGUCACGAGGCCGACGUCCUCGGGGACCUUGGCGCGCUGUCGACUCGUAUCGCCUGCUAUGGUAUGUAAAGAAUAAAGCUUCCUUUAUUUUUCUCUAA